AAUAUUCAUUCAUUCAUUCAAUUCAAAGCUUCGUUGCCCAGAGAAGAAAAGCGCUAGAAAAAGCAGAGAGUACAGAGAAGAAAAUGAUUAUCCCUGUUCGUUGUUUCACCUGUGGAAAGGUCAUUGGAAACAAAUGGGAUUCCUAUCUUGACUUUCUGCAAGCUGAUUACACUGAAGGUGAUGCUCUGGAUGCUUUGGGGCUCGUUCGUUACUGCUGUAGGCGCAUGCUUAUGACCCAUGUUGACCUUAUUGAGAAGCUACUGAAUUACAAUUCUCUGGAAAAGCAUGAUGCCAAUUGAGGAUUCGUAAGGAACUACAGAGGACCAAGAUAUGUCAGUUGCACCGCAAGUCCUAUGGCCAUAAGUCAAUUUUUUUUUUGUCCUUUUCCAUCUAUAAAUUGUGUUGUAACAAGCAGUUUUAUUUUGUGUUCUGGAUCAGUUGUGGCUGUUGAGAGGCUACUGUAAGGUGCAGCUUAUGCUAACUACUUUUAAAUUUUAGAAUGUGAUAUAAAUCUGUGUUUUGGUAGUUAUUGUAGAACAUCUGGAAUUGGGUUACUACUGCUGAUUAGUGUUCUGACUAACCAUAACAAUAUCAAUUAAUUGCUAAGUAAGUUGCUUGUGGGUUGAA